AUGCAAAACGAGCAGUGUUGGUGGCUGCAGGACCAGGGGAUUGGAAAGCAUUUCAGAUUUGGAAGUCAAGAAGAUGCUCAUGAGUUCUUGAGGUACACGGUGGAUGCUAUGCAAAAGUCCUGCCUGCCUGGAAACAAAUUGGACAGGCAAACUCAGGCAACCACUUUUGUACAUCAGAUAUUUGGGGGUUAUCUGAGAUCCAGAGUCAAAUGUUUGAAUUGCAAAGCAGUUUCUGAUACCUUUGACCCAUUCCUGGAUAUUUCACUGGAGAUAAAGACGGCUCAGACACUCAGUAAGGCUUUUGAGCAAUUUGUUAAGCCUGAGCAACUUGAUGGGGACAAUGCUUAUAAAUGCUCCAAAUGUAAGAAAAUGGUUACCGCCUCAAAGAGAUUCACCAUACAUCGGAGUUCUAAUGUUCUCACCAUCUCAUUAAAGCGGUUUACCAACUUCAGUGGAGGAAAAAGUACAAAGGAUGUGAGAUACACAGAGUAUCUAGAUUUGCGCCCAUUCAUGUCUCAGUCACAUGGGGACCCACAAAUCUAUGCUCUGUAUGCUGUGCUGGUUCAUUCUGGCUUCAGUUGCCAUGCUGGACACUAUUACUGCUACAUUAAGGCUAGCAAUGGGCAGUGGUAUCAGAUGAACGACUCAUCGGUAUCUCUCAGCGACAUAAGAACAGUGCUUAAUCAGCAAGCUUAUUUGCUGUUCUACAUCAGGUCACCUGAUGCAAAAAAUGGAAGUGAUUUUAGCCAGAUGAAUCAUACUCCAGGCCAGUCAUCUCCUCGACCAUCCAUUCCAGUCAAGAUGAAUGGGCCUCAGUACACCUCCACAUCCUUCAUUGGCCCUCAGCUGCCACCUCAUAUGCUAAAGAACUCGUCGUACAUAAACGGGAACGGUUCUUCAAAGGAAUACCAUGGUGGCUCCAAACCCAACAGAAGUUUCUGUGGUGUGACCAAAUUAGGCUCUGGCCUAUCUCAUACGUCCUCUUCUGCAUCCGCAUCCUCUUCUACUUCACUUGUUCGGCCCAUGGGCAUUCCUGACUCAUCCAAGAGGCCGAAGUUGACAUUUAUCAUUGGUCAGAACAAACCUGUGAGACCUACUCAGACCCAGUCAAGCCCUAACUGCUCUUUAUCUUCAGCCUCUCACCCUCAGCCCACAUCUUCUAGCACCUCAGUGUCUACCUCAGGCUUCUCACAGGUCAAUGGAACUCACACUCGAGCUUCUUUCUUGGUUCCUUAUGGUCCGGAAUCAUCAGAGGAAUCCGACCAAGAGGCUGGAGCCAUGGAGAACGGAUCAGUUAAGCCUUAUCUUGCUCCUAAGAUAACCAAUGGGAAUGGGGUAAAGGAUGACACCCAGUCCCACAAUCCCAGUUCACUGCCUCUGCUUACCCCGAAGACAAAUGGAUCUAAUGGCUUUCCAGAGUUACAUGUGCGUGAAAAUGGAUCAGGACCUGCCCACAAAUCCCAGAAUGGCCUUCCCAAAGCCAAUGGUUUUAAUCAUGCUGAAAAGGUUGUGGGUGCGCCACAUUCUUCAUCACAGAUUGCUAAUCAAUCUAAUAGUUCAGACAUGCAAUUCAGCUUAAAGCCUGGAAACAGUGAGUCAAGCUCCAAACCACCAAGUACUGAUGGCCAGACGUGUUUCUCGCCUUCAAGAAAAAGUAUGAAACCUUCUUCAGACUCUUCAUCUCAGUCUGCUUCACAGGUACAGUCUGCAUCUUCAUCUGAUGCAUCAUUAGUCUCAAAGACUACAGACACUGACCUUCAUGCCCAGACAGCUUCAAAAGAUGAGCUGAUUCAGGGCCAUGACACCCAUGCAGAGGCUGGCAUGUCAGGUCUUCAGGGCAACAACAGUCUCAGCCUUCAUAUUGGUGAUGGUCAUACAAGUCCACACAGGUUAACGGAAGAGUUCAGGUGCAGUGAAGGAGAAAGCAAAGAGUCAAAGCCAUCACACUUAGACAAGUUUAGCUCUGGAGAUAGACAGAGCGAUGACCGGAAUAGGGUUUUAGAGCGCCCACAAUUUUCUUCAACUGUGAAAGACGGGGACCGGUACAGACACUAUAGGGAAUACAACGAAAGAAGCCGGAGGUCUUAUGGUCAUGGCAAUCGUGAGAGUCGUCCCUUUAGAGAGCGUUCCACCAGUAGAGACCGGCAUCACAGAGAUCACUGGGACAGAUUCUCACAUCACCGUAGAGAGCACCACUAUUCCCAAAGAAGACCCAGAGAGGAACGCGAACGGAGUAGGGAUAGGAGAUUUGUGAAUGACUCUUAUCGUCCUUCUGGACACCAUAACCGGGAUGGAUCUUCCAGUCACAGCCAUCGUGGGGUGGAUGGUGGCUAUGGAAGGGUGUCCCAUACAGUGAAUGGUUCAAAAGUAAGACCCUCAUCUCCACGUUCUGUCAGCCCACUGCCCGGACAUUACAAGCGAAAACGCAGUCCAUCGGCUGAUGCCAGACAAAGUUCUGAUGAGUGCAGAGCGAAGAAAUACAAAAAGAAAAAGAGAAACAAAGAAAGGCACAGGCACUCAGAGAAGGACCCAUCUGAGGGCAUUGAGGAUAGUAGCUUCAAGAGACAUAAAAAGAAGAAGAAGAAGAAAAAGAAGAGGAGGGAGGAUGAGGAGAGGCCUCACACUAGGAGAGACUUCGCUCCGAGGCGGGAAGAGCAUGAUUCUAGAGCUAGGAAUGGUGCAGAGAAAGGAAGUCUGCACCACAGCUCUGAGUCCCUUCACAAUGUCCACCGAGACCAUAUGGAGGACCAGCAACAGCUCAGUGGACACAAAGCUAAUGGCCUGAGCUGUUACAGUGGAAGUGAGCUUGAGCAUACUGGGAUGUAUAAAGACCAAUACAAAUAUUUUGAUUAUUCUACCACUGUCAACGGCACAAAGACGCUCUCAAAUGGAAGUGGAGAUGUAUGUCACAGGACCCUUUCAGAUGUUGAAUUGCACAACUCUGACUGUUCUCUGGUUUUCACAGAAAGCCACACAUCCUCACUAAAGACUCUGAAAACCACCCAUGCAAGCAUGUGAAAAACAAAAUCUACAGCUACAGUUCCUGACAUGGUGCUUAACAUUUAGAACAUACUGUAUUUUUACCACGAGAUGAAUUUUA